AUGUUUCAGGUGUUGAAGCGUGUUAGCUCGAGCAGGGUGCGCCUGGGUCUGCUGUCGGUCAUCGUGGGAUGGGUGCUGGGCUAUCUAGCUGUCGCCAUAAUCGCCAACCACAGGAGGACCGCGCAGUAUGGCAUGGAUGACGGGGUGGGGGAUGAGCUAGCAGGCAUAGCCAUCCGCCCGCGCCCCCCCGGCCUCCUCACCACCGACCCCAUGGAUUACCCCAAGCCUAAAGUUUUCUUCGACAUUAACAUCGACGGGCGGCCCGCGGGCAGAAUAAUCUUCGAGCUCUUCACCAAGCAGGCGCCCCGGGCAGCUGAAAAUUUCCGGGCGCUGUGUACGGGGGAGAAAGGACGGGUGCCGAAUGAACCGGGCAGGGAGGGGGCAGGAUUGCCGCUGCAUUACAAGGGAGCUGAGUUUUACCGAGUGAUCGACCGGUUUAUCUGCCAGACUGGGAUCAAUACAGAGAGCAUCUAUGGGGGGAGCUUCAAGGAUGACCCGCUAGCUCUGCUGUUGAAGCACAACAAGAAGGGCUUGCUAUCAGCAGCCAACAUUGGGCCAGAUACCACCACCACACAUUUCUCUAUUGUAGUGGCUCCGGCACCACAUUUAGACGGACAUUACCCCAUUUUUGGCCAAGUGGUGUCAGUCGAUACCGAUCUGCUCUUGCCUGGUCAUCCUGUUUCCAGCAAGAUGGCUCUUUGCGCUGUCGCGUCGACCUCUAGCGCUACCCUGAAGACCUCGUUCCUUCCUAGGACCGAGAAGCUGGCCGAUGCUGCUGUGGUUGUCAGCAUUCCCGUGAAGCGGGUCUCACCUGUUGAGGCUUCCCUGGAGCCAACCGUUUCCCGCAGGACUCUUUCUCUUGCCGGAGUAGCAUCCCUUGCAGCUGUGCUCUCCGCCCCCGGUCUUGCUUUGGCUGACUUUGAGGAGGACUAUGUUAAGGCGACGACGAACGUCAUCGAGAGAGUGAGGUACACUCUGGGCCUCGCUAGAGACGACCCCGCUAGGAGCGAAGCCGUGAGUGAUCUCCGUGAGCUGUCCAACACGUGGGUGGCGAGGUACCGCCGUGAGAAGAGCGUGGCCGGCAGGCCGUCCUACAGCAACAUGUAUUCCGUCCUCAACGCCAUCUCUGGUCACUACAUCAGCUUCGGACCAACCUACCCCAUCCCGAAGAAGCGGCUCGACAGAAUAAUCGAGGAGGUCGGCAUCGCCGAGCGUGCUCUCUCGCGUGGCCGAUAA